AUGACCUAUCUGUUGAAUGCCUUAACAAUUAUUUAUAUUUUCAUGUCAUUUAUUAUCAAAGCUGCAAUUUCAGUAUUUUACUUGCUAUUUAAAUUGGAUUUGACAAGUGACAAGGUUCUGCUACCUGUUUAUAUGAUUUGUUUGGUGGUUGACUUGGCCAUGAUCGUAACUCAAACGAUAUUUUUCAAUGUGAAUGGAUUUAGAGUGAUGAAAGUCAUUGGUGAAAGACAAAAGAGCAAAUCUUCCAAAAAUGGAAAAGAUAACAAAUCUCACUAUGUCAAAAUUAUGGUUUUACAAUCUGCUUUGACAUUUUGUGCAUUAUUUCAAAUAUUAGCCAUUAUCUUUGAGCCACUGACAAGACAGACUGGAAUUAUGGUUUGGGGACCACUCAGAGAUUUUGUUAAUUCGUUUGGAAUUUUGAGUUUCGCAAUAGUUGUCCUAUUCCUGUAUAAUCCUGUUCUUGUUGAGAAGGUCAGUAAAUCAUCAAAUAAUAAGGUUAAAAAUGGAAAGACAAUGGGUAGUAUGUCCUACAAUGAGAGUACUAGGUCAACUCAUUCAGAUAGUGAGACAACUCACAAUCAUUCACAUCAAUCAUCACAGAAACAGCCAACAACUUCUAAUUUCUUAACAGUUGACUAUCAUUACAAGGAUUCAAUGUCUGUUGGAUCAUCUUCUUCAUUCACACACAAUGAUGAAGGUUCUUCAACAAUUUCUGUUGUGGAAAUUGGAUCAUCUCAAGAAGAUCAAUUCUCCAUAGAGUUGCAAUCUAAACCUGUCAUUAUAAAUGUUGAGCAAACCAAUUUAUAA